AGAGUGUCAAAUAUCAGUCAUGCCUACUUUAACAGCAGCACUCGUGAAAUCAGUGGCUCUUUUGUUGUCCACAUUCACACUGUAUGCGAGUUUUAACUCGAUUUACCACCUAUCCAAACUCCAGUUGUGUGAUCCGAGCAACAACAUGUCUUCGACAGUAUUCACAAGCGACACUUUGCCUACGGACGAGCGGCUUAUGGCUACAAUUGGCAAUGGGUUCUUGGCAACAAGUGUUUUUAGUGAUUCUGUAUUUGUUAGCGGAGUUUACAAUGGUCGUCGCCGCGAACCUAGUCACAGAGCAAGGGUGCCUUCGACCGCUGCAAUACGCAUGUCUCUUGUAGACAAGGAUGUCACAACGAGUACUAUGUACUCUUUAGAUGUCCAGAAAGGUGUAUUUACCCAUCGCGUUGAAGGAAGUGGAUUUAUUGUGGAAGAAUUAAUAUACACACAUAGGAAACUACCGAAUCUACUUGUGGUUGAAAUUAGGGUACAAAAUUCGCAAGAUAAACCAUUAAAGGUUGGCUUGUCUAAAACGCAUGGCAACAAGAGCGAAGAUUUAGACUUUACUGAGGUUCCUAAAAGUGAACUUCCCCCUGGCAGCUCGGAUCUGGAAGCAAAAUAUGGUUUUAUUAGCACGACCGAGGAAGCGAAUAGCGAAAGAGUCGGCGUUGCUGUAGUUUGGAGCAAAGUGCCCGAGUUAUUAGUCAUUCAGCCAAAAACCAAUCAAACAUUCUAUUUUGUGACUGCCAUUGUUUCAACCUUGAAUACGGUCGGUAACUUGGAAAGUGCGUUUAGUUGUCACAAGGAAGCUCUGAUGCUCGCAAAGGCUGGUGGUCUGUUAGCUGCGCACACGGAGGCAUGGGCCGAGCUCUGGCAGCAGUCUGGGAUCGAGAUUGAAGGGGAUUUUAAGUUGGCGCAAGCGGUCCACGGUAGCUUGUAUUAUACCCUUAGGUAAACGUUCAAUUUUUGGCUUGUGUUUCACAAUUCACGUCAGGGGC